CAAGACCACUGUCAUUAUCUAAACACUUUAUACGAAUGUUGGAAAGAAAAAAUUGUUUAGAUUCUCAAACGUAAAUAUUGAUGUUAAACUGAAGGAAUGAAAUCGAUUUGUUUACUGACGUGCCUAUUAAUACACCUGGAGGUGACGUCAGCUGGCAAUAAAGAUCGCUAUAACAACACAGGACCACAGGAAUAUCCUGACGUGUUGUUGUUGCUCGAUGAGAAUGACGUUUUGGAUGAGAUGUUGGACCAAGCUUGGUUGGAAGUAAAUGGCAACGCAGAAGAGGAAAAGAUUGAAAAAACUGGAGAAAUUGAAUCUUCUGGAAAAUCAGCUGCUUCAGGAAGAAUUGCUGAACAAAGUGGUGAACAAGAGCUAGAAGACAGGACACAAGUUUCAGGGGAGACGGUGUUAGGUUCUGCAGAACAUGAGGUCAGCGGUGAUGACCAAAAGCACCACCAAGCUCAAAGACCAGUUCAGCAGAUGGACUCUGGUUGUGGCUGUGAAGACCAAACAUGUGAAUGCUGCCUUGAUGUGGAUGUAUCUCAUAACAUUGCUGAUGUUUGUGUGCAAGUUACUCUCUUGAGAGAAGAGAUGGGACUGAAGUUCGCUGUCACAUGGAAGGGUCAAACAGCCUUUAGCAAAAGCAUAUCAGCUGAAAAUCCUCCUUCCAUUUGUUUUUCCAUCCCAUUUGUUCGUUUUCUCAAAGGAUGCAUAAGAUUCACCAACAUGUCUUACGAUCAUACGUUUGGCGGGUGCAUAUCGUUAGGAUUCAAACUACUCUUAUUUAAGAAAGAAUUCAAAUUAGGCUGCUUCUACAAUCCUAAUGCUACAAGUCUUGGAGCCAGUCAGGAUAAACACGACAUUGGAGCGUCAUCUAAACCUAAAUACUCAAUCAAAAGAAGAAAGACGAUUCUAGAACAGGCUCGAAUCAUUGCUGAACAAAACGACAAACACAAACCCAAAGCAUUAGGGUGAUUUUAAUUGGCCUGUUUAAAAAAAUAGCGUAUUUAUUCUGCUUGAAGAAAAACUCUGUCGAGUUGCUCAUUUUAAAGAUGGCGGCUAUCUUGGCUAAAAAAGUCCCACGAUGCACAGUAAUACUUAAUCGUCGACCCAGUUUCCUCGACCACAAAAUGGCUAAUAAUUAUAGUGACUAACAGUCAAAGCAAAAAAA